AUGGCAAUGGCUAUGAUGGCAACAGCUGCGAUGAUGAUGCAUCUCGCGUUCUCUCAGGAAACUCUUGGUCAGCGCCGCCUAUCGGCGGACCUCGUGUCAGACGAUGUGGCUUCCAUCCUCCAAGUGUCCAGUGCCGGGUUUUCAGCUUCGGAUUCAGAACCUUGCGAAUGGAAGCUGAGUGCUUUAGGAAGCAACUGCAUUCGCCCGUGUGCGCCGAUGGGGAUGAAAUGCGACCCUGAACAGCAAAAGUUACUCUCAGGUGGAGGAAUGGUGAAGGUGAUUCAGAGCCUUGGACGGACAUGCGGCCCUUCUCCGACAAACAGUCUGAGCAGGUCUGCGCCGUUUAUUGAGAAAGGCACCAACCAAUGUUUUCCAUCAUCUCCUAUAUCAAUGUCAGCCGAUUCACGCUGCAGCGCCAGCGCAUCCCGCAAGCAUCAGCGGCUUUGCUGCUGCGUUCCGAAAGACACGUCCACCACCAUUGCCUCCACCAGCCGUUUCACCACUUUCACUACUGUUUGGCCCAGCAGCACUACAAGCACCACCAGCACCAAUGUUGGUGGUGGCCAGGGCGACCCUCACAUCUACACCAUUUGGGGAGAUCACUACACUCUCUUGAAGCCCGGGACCUUUGUGGCCUGGAAUUUCUCCAAGGGCUCGGUGGCCUGGCAGCUGGUGGCCUGCUACUCCGGCGCUCGGUUCACCACCCAGGGCCUUCUGUUGCUCGACCGUAGUCAUCGGACCAUGGAGCUCACAGCAGAGGACUGCGCCUGGCGCGACGCGCGGCAUGGAGGGCGCCCAGUGAGGGAGUCCGAGUUCCUGUCUCAUGGAGCGAGUGCCUUGGAGGUGACGCAAGUGGGUAAAGAGACGGAAGACUUCCUGAGCAUGGAAUCCAUGAUCUGGCUGAAGAUGCAAUCAGAGAAUGGCUUCCGGAAGGUGGCAAGGCUUCUGGUCCACUGCAAACCUGGUGAUCAUAUGGACUUCAAAGUCAGCAUGUUUGACAAGAGUGACAUGGAGCAUGUGGGCGGUGAGCUGGGCGCUACGAGCGAUGGAAAGGACCAUUUGAGCUUCUUCUCUUCCAAGCUCGCUGUGAAGACAAAGACUGAUGACAACUUUCAGGCGCCUGGAACGUGGGUCGGCCUGGGUGGCAGUGAAGCUGCGGCAGCAUAUUUGAACUCUAAGAUGCAAGCCACUGCGGCGUCCUUGAUCAGCACGACCUGCAGUGAAGCUGAAGAGCAAGAAGCAGAGAAGAUCUGCGGCAAACACCUUCAGAAGGAUGGCAAUCACCCAGAGAUCUUUGGCGACUGUGUCUUUGAUAUUUGUCAUGGAGCUGGUGGGGAAGAAGUGGCGCAGAGCGCAAAAGCCUUCAUCGCAGCCUAG